ACACACACACAUACACACACAGAGACACACACCUCGCCCAGCUAGCUGUAACCGGCUAGCGAGGCUGUUGUCGAGUUGACACCCUCCCCAAACCUCGGCAGCAGCUAAGCUGCACAGUCGACAUGGAAAGAAAAUAUCGCAACAAUUACCUAAAGAAAGAUGAAAAUCUUCCAAGUCUUUUGGAAUGAGUGAGUAGUAUCAACGACAAUGACUUAUUUUCUUGAAUCAAUCCAACUGGGCUUUAUAUUUGAUGUUUUAGUCACAUUAAUGACGCAUAGCCAUGGUCGGUGGUAAGAUAGUUAGCAUACAGGCUAGCUGCUAGCAGAGGGAGGAGUACGGUUUGUUCGCUAGGUUGCUAGCUCUCUGUGGUCAAACGACGAGAGGAGGAUUUAUCGUAGUUGCGUAUCAGAAUGCGCCCCAAAAGGAUUCAUUUUACUGUUAUUUUUCUGCAACUCAGGUAAAUGUCAGUUAAUUAUAUACAUAAUUGGGUUGGUAGGUAGCUCCAGAGAGAAGCGUUACAUAAUGUCGCUGUUGAGAGUCAAAUGGCUUCAGUCACUCUGCUUCUUCUCCACCUUUUAUAGUUUCUUUGACCAGCACACAAUACGGUGUCUAAAUGUCCCCAUCGAUAUAAUUGUUUCACACUUAAAUGCACAUAUCUUCAUGUGACAGCGGUAUUAUCAACCUACAAAGGCGCAAAAGUUAAAAAAGAUACGUUUAAUCGGACGACGUUCGCUCGCUAGCCAAUAUAGCAAGCUAGCCACCCAUAGCUUAGCUUGCUAAAAUGAAGCUAACGUUAACGUUUCGCAUGUUUAGCGAUUAAACAAUACUGAGCCCAUUGACGUGAAACUAGAAUCUACGAUCGCGGAUUCAUUUACUGUCUAUAUUAGUCAUAUUUAUAGAGUACUAUGUGACACCGUAGAGAGGCAAUCGUGUAAUGUUCGUAAGGAGCUUGAUAGCUCAGAUUGACUUGGUUGUUAGCUUCUUUAGGACCCUUUGUCCGUAGUCCUACAGGGUAACCAGCUCUUAUAAAUAGGCCACUCAGCAGUUGUUUUGAUCUUUCUCCGUCUCUUGUUACCUCUCUAACUUAAAAUAAUGUCAGCUUUCACUUCUGAUUCUAUUCAGUUUUAUUAUAAGUCAGAAAAAUAGGACACUCUCCAUUAUAGAUGUUAUUUUUGUGAAGUGGCAGCAGCCUUACGAUAGCUUUACUUUGUCAUCCUACCUUUAUUGCUUGUUAUUUUGUCUCAGAGCUGCACUUACACGGACAAUAUAGAUCUGCCCUGUCAGUACCAAUAUGUAACAUAGACUAGGAGCUCAAAAACAUCUAAAUGUCAAUAUUUGAUGCUGGGAUAUUGAAAUUGGCAGUUUGGAAAAAGAGUUAAAAUAUUUUUUUUCCAGUAAAAGUACUGAUACUUUGAUUAGCAUUUUCUGAAGUAAAAAUAAAGCUACCAGCGUUUAUCUAUUCAAGUGAAAGUAAUAAAUUCAGAUUGUCCUGUAUUGACCUGAUAUUUGUUUUUAUCUUAUGGCAGUGGGGGUUGGGGAGUAUAAUACGCUUCUUUAGUUAUAUAUGGCCAUAUUUCCUUUAAACUAGUUGUUGUUUAAUAUAAUACCAGCAUGAAUUGGUGAGGUGAUUUUGACUCUGUACCUAUUGUGACCGAAACUACUGAAUAUUUUGCAGCAGCUCUUGUCAGUUUAAGUGGUUUUUACACACUGAAGCCAUGAGUUGCUGUACAAAGAUGUAGCCAAAGUAAAGACUAUGAGUAAAAAUGGCUGUAGCAAGAAAAAUGUGCUUCAGUUUCUGGAAAAUAUUAUCUAACAAAUAUUUAUAGGAACUUAGAACAAAAAUCAGGUUUGAAAUAUCUUAAAAUAAGAUUCAUACUUAGACCUGUCAGGUCAUUGUGGCUUGAAUUAAGUGUAGAUAUUAACUGACAAAUUCACUUAGUUAAAUUUGAAGGGUUUUUUUGCAGUGUAGUCAUCAUCUGAUCCGCUGGCAGUCACGUGGUUAAUAAAAAGUUACUAUGAUGUUUUGUUGUUGUUAUUGUUUCAAAUUCAGGAAGUAUGCUAUGUUGAAUGAAGCAAAGUAAGAUACUCAAAAUAGAAAACACCUCAGUGACAGUAAAACAGCUGGUUUUAAAAACAACCCACAGUUUUAGUCCACAAAGAAAUUACAGUGUCGUAAAUGAAUGUUAUUAGUUACUUUCUACCCCUGCAAAAUUGAUGAUUGUUACUUAUCUUUGUCUUUCUGUCUCUCUUUCUCUCUUUUUCAGUAUUCAUCACGCCAUGUGAUCCAAAAUCCACAAUGUGUGAGAAAAUUUAAGAACGAUUGAGUUCGGAAGAAAAAAUUUUGAUUCCAGUGGAAUCUUCCAUAUAUAUAUAUUAAUAUUAUUAUUAUUAUUAGAUUUUUUUUUGUGUUAAAUCUUAUAUACAUUCACACACACUCGUCCCAUCAACAUAUAACCAUGCCAGUGCAAGCACCACAAUGGACGGAGUUCCUGCUGUGCCCGAUCUGCACACAAACAUUUGAAGAGACUGUUCGCCGGCCUAUCAGCUUGGGCUGUGGACACACUGUCUGCAAGAUGUGCCUGAACAAGUUACACCGAAAGGCCUGUCCCUUUGACCAGACAGCCAUCAGCACAGACAUCGAGCAGCUACCUGUCAACACAGCCCUGUUGCAGCUGGUGGGAGGCCAGGUAAGGCUUCUGACUACUUGAAUUUGAGUCUAAUUUUAUCUGUAAUCACUAUUUAUGAACACUUUUGGAUGGUUACACAUGAGCUGCCACAUGAUGCUAUAGCUUAGAGAUCCUUGUAUGAGUCACUCUUCAGUCAUUGAGCAAUUGCUUUAAUUCUUCAGGUUUACUGAGUGCUGGCACUCAGCUGUGUUGCUCUGAGAUGGUGUGUGACUAACAGGGUGGGGCUUCCCUAAUGGUGUUUUGUCUUUGUUUGCCAAGUUUCCAGCCAUUAACCGUAUAAUAAAGGAUAACAGCAGUGGUAUUGACUGUGAGUCUGAUAUGUGUCUGAUGUGGUCAUCGCUGGGAUGUCUUGUCUCUCAGCUGAGUGCCUCACAGAUCUGUGCUCAGAGAGUGUAGACGGUAACAAUAUCAUAGUAAAUAGCUGCUGGAGUUUAUCAGAGUAGAAAAAAGGGGAGAUCGAAGAGAGCAUGACUUUAUGAUUAGAUGAAGACGAGAUGUCUCUGGGAUCUAUGUUAUGGAAACGCAUUGAUAGGUAUAAGUGCUGUCUAAGGCGGCAUAACAGGUGCUAGGAAUAAAGCAAAAGGCUUCAGUUCCUUAAAGUGGUCUUUAAAAUGUCAAAUGUCAAUGUAGUUAUUGGUGUUUUUUGCCUGUUGUGUAACACAGUCCAUGCAAAUCUAAAUCAAUGGACCGUAACCCAGGCACACUUGUCUGAUGGGAUAUUACGGUAAUUUCAAAAAGAGCUUAUCAGAAUGCAGACCAAAUGCAUGGUUUUUGUCAUGAUUUGUAUAAGAAAUGGGAAAAAUGUAUUCUGAAUUUAUGAUUUAGUUUCACCAAGAGGAGAUCUAUGCUAUGGUCUGAAACAGAGAGGAUAAGUGAAUUUUUAGGUCAUCAUGCAGCAUCUCCUUUUUAAUUCCCUUGAUCAUUAACACAUUGUUGUUUUGAUAAUAAGAAUAUUGACAGUGGUUAAAAACAACAGCAGAUAUCGUCAUGCUUUGUCCCUGUUAAUUCCUUUUUUUGUGUUGCACUGCAGGUUCCCAAGGCUCAGCCAGUUGCCUUGAUUACCAGUCCUGAGGACUCGCAGCAUUAUGAAGAGGCCAGACAGUGUGUGGAGGAGCUGGCUCUCUACCUCAAACCUCUCAGCAAUACCAGAGGUACUUAAUAGAUACACACACACUCACACACACACACAAACACAAGCUUAUCAUGUUUGUGUUAUUUUCCACUCCUCUCAUAAUCUGCAAGUUUAAUGGAAGUGCAGGUUUUUUUUGUUCAAAUGGGAAGUCCCAGUACACAACAUUUUUGGCAUUCAUGUGGUUCAAGAUGUGAGAAAACUGUUGCUGGGUAACUGUUAGUUCCCUAUUCUUCUCCAAAAAAUGCUGUAUGAGUGAAGAUAUCAGUAAUUGCCAGAGUAAAAAACAUUUUUAAAAAACACAAGUAUAUGUUAUAGCCCCUUAACCUGGAGCUCUUUAAAGAUUUCCACUCACAGUCAAUGUUUUGAAUAUGACAUAAGUAGGUUGCCUGACAGAUUCUUCCUGUAAACACAUUUAAAAAUGAAGAUGCUCUGUUGAUGUAUCGAAACAUGGAAAUUCAGAGUCUUCAUCAGUUGAAAGUGCUGUUGAAGAAGUUCUGCUAUUUUGAGUAUUUUGCAAACAUGCCAUGUCUAAAAUUAGAUAGUAGAUGGUUUUAUUAACCUCAUAGUUAUUUUUGGGUCACUGUGUGAGUCGGUUGGUUAAUUUGAUUUUUUUUUCCCUCAUAGCCUCGAAUAUUUUUAGAGAGAAAAGCAGAACUCCUGUUUUGUUUACAUUACAGAAAGUCUUGGUGGAAAUGUUCAAGUUUUGUAGCAAAAAACACAUAUAGCAUUACAAAGUUUAAAGUGACUAGUGCGCCAUAGACCAAAACUGCUGAUCAGCACACAGCAGGCGCAUUAACACGUAUGUAUCAUGAAGUCUCUCUGUCGCCAAAGUAAAAUGCAGAGAAUUUCUCUUCAUAGUGUGUGUUUACACCAAACAUCCAUGGUGGCUCAGAUUUUCUUUGUUUCUUUCUUUUUUUUCAAAUUAACAGAGUUUAGUAAUCACAAUAAAAUGCUGCAAUUUCAGCAUCACCUUGAAACAGCCGUAUCUCAAUGUGUAAUGUUUCACCUUUACAGACAUUGAUACAGCUGUACCCUUUUUGUUUGUAACUGUCGCAGUUGAAUUGCUAUCGUACUGAGUUAUUCUGAUGUAUUUCUUCAACUGAUAAAAGAAACACUUGCAUGCAAAAUCCAGUAGACUCAAAGCACAACACAAACGACAUCCUCCAAAAUGAUCAUGACGUCAAGUCAGGAGCUAUCUGAACAAGAUAAUCUCAACCGAGGGUGGGCUUUAUCCCAGAACUGCUGUGAUGGUUUGUAGGACUUUUAGCAGGGUGAACUCUUUGAACUGGCAGCUGAGUGUAUACAGUAUACUACCCGAGUUUAUCAGUUGUAAUCUUUCUCCAGGUGUGGGUCUGAGCAGCACGGCCCAGAGCAUGCUGAGUCGCCCCAUGCAGAGGAAACUGGUAACUCUGGUCCACUGCCAGCUGGUAGAGGAGGAGGGCCGCGUGAGAGCCAUGCGAGCAGCCCGCUCUCUCGGUGAGCGAACUGUCACAGAACUUAUCCUGCAGCAUCAGAAUCCGCAGCAGCUCUCCUCCAAUCUGUGGGCUGCUGUGCGUGCUCGUGGGUGUCAGUUUCUGGGACCAGGUAGGUCAAUUCCCCUUUGCCCACAGUUUGAAACAGGAACACCACUUUUUUUUUUAAUGAGCUGGUAGUUAUGUUUCAAUUUUUGUGUUUUUUCUUCUCCCCAGCCAUGCAGGAGGAAGCUCUAAAGUUGGUCCUCCUCGCUCUAGAGGAUGGCUCUGCUCUGUCCAGGAAGGUGUUAGUUCUCUUUGUGGUCCAAAGGCUUGAGCCACGCUUUCCACAGGCCUCUAAGACCAGUAUAGGCCACGUGGUGCAGCUCCUCUACAGGGCUUCCUGCUUCAAGGUAUGUUAUCAGGGGUCUUCACAGGCACUGGCUGUCAGCCAAACAGCUGACUACUUUUCUGGCUGUUUUUCUGAUGUUGAUAACAGCUGGGGCUGUCACAGAGGACUCUGUGAGUACUCAACCCAAGUCUUCCAUGGAGAGUCCCAAAAUUUUUGAAGACAAGUACAAGAUUAAUCUUUACCGCAAGGAGAGAGGUCAUUGUCUUUAAGAGCUGCCUUAGGUGGACUCAUGGUUUAACAUGCUGCUCUAUUCCAUGUCCUCACUUUGAGGAAAAGUCCUGGAGUACCACAUGGCACAGAUGCAGGCUGGGCCCAAAUGAUAAGGGGGUGGGACUUUGUCUUUGUGCAGACUACCCUCAUGAUAUUUUCUCCAUAGUAGUAUAUAAAUCAUUGAAACAGAUGAUUCUUCGACAGAAACUGUUGCACAAAUAUCAAUCAGAAUGCUUCAAAUUGGUUGUUAGACACCUCACAUUUCCAUGUGUGACAACCCCCCACCCCAUUAUUGCAAAUUGUUAAAAAUCUUGAGGUGCUGCUCUCCAUAAUUGCCCUCCAAAUAAUUUCCCCUAUUGAAAACAUUUUUUUUUUUUUUUGCCUUACUAGGUGACCAAACGUGAUGAAGAUUCAUCCCUGAUGCAGUUGAAAGAAGAGUUCCGUACUUAUGAAGCCCUGCGGCGUGAGCAUGACUCUCAGAUAGUUCAAAUAGCCAUGGAGGGUGGGCUGCGCAUUGCACCUGACCAGUGGUCUUCUCUGUUAUAUGGAGAUCAAUCUCACAAGUCACACAUGCAGUCUAUCAUUGAUAAGGUGUGUAUGAAGUUUGUAUUUUAUCUGUAUCAUUUUGUAUCUUUCACAUCUUGUUACAUGUCCAUAUAUUUCAUAGAUCAUAUGUAUUUGUUUGGAACACAUCAGGGUUUCUUCACUCGAACUAGCUUUGUAUUUUCAGCGUAAGACAUCUAAUUUGGUAUAAAACAUGCCAAAAUAAUAACACCCUCAUUUUUCCUGUUUCUUUUGUAGCUGCAAACCCCGGCAUCAUUUGCUCAGAGUGUUCAGGAGCUGACCAUCGCGCUGCAGAGGACUGGAGACCCAGCCAACCUCAACAGGCUGCGACCCCACCUUGAACUACUGGCCAACAUUGAUCCUAGUCCUGGUAAGAAAAACAAAACAAACAACAACCAUAAGAAUCUUGGUUGAAUAGUAAUAUAUGAAGAAAAUGUAUCACAGGAAAAAAAAAUCAGUCAGCUCAGAUGCUUUUAGCUUUCCUUUCCAACAAAAAAUGUCGGUAACCCUUUCUUUUACGGUACACUUAUUACCAGGUAAUUAACAGGUAAUUACCCAGUAACAACAUGAAAUUAUCUGUUAAUUACAUGAUAACUACUAAGUCAAUUCUGUCUAGCUACCAGGUAGGUAACCUUCCAUCAUCAUAUAAAUUUGAAACCGAAUUGCUCUGGUAUUUCCAGGAUUUUCGCCGCUUUCUGGAACCACCUCUUGCGCAGUAGCAUUGUACGCAUUCGGCGGGUGAGUCGCUGUGAUAAUGCUCAGCUCAAACAGCGUAUCGCUACGCAAUCUUCGCACGCCCAUAGGCUGUAACAAGUGUCAAUCAUAGAAAAUAAGAACCCCAAAUAGCUUUUGAAAAUGGAGCUGCAGUAUUGACUUAGUAGUUAUCAUGUAAUUACCAGAUAAUUUCAUGUUGUUACUAGGUAAUUACCUGUUAAUUACCUGGUAAUAAGUGUACCGAAAAAGAAAGCGUUACCAAAAUGUCCUUAAACAUAACUUAAGAAAAAAAAAGAAGAAAUCCUGUUUUCUUAAAUCUCUGUCUGUGUCCUCAGAUGCCCCCCCUCCAACUUGGGAGCAGCUUGAGAAAGGAUUGGUAGCAGUAAAAACAGUAGUGCAUGGCCUGGUGGACUUCAUCCAGAACCACAGCAAGAAAGGAGCAGACCCUCAACAGGUCAGUCUUUCCCCUACACCACAGAACGUAUACAUUGUAACUCGACAGAGAACAGAGUUGAAACACUAACAUCAUUUCAUACUAAUCUCUUACGGGACUUGCUUUUCUCUUUAAAAAAAAAAAAGUUUUGUCUGUUUUACUUUCUAAUUGUAUUCACUACAACUUUUAACAGCAGAGUUUUACCUUAUUUAAACAAAAAAAAAAACUCCAUUCUUUAUACUCAACACUAUUUUUCCCUCCUUCAGCCUCCUCAACACAGCAAGUACAAGACUUACAUGUGUCGUGACAUGAAGCAGAAGGGUGGUUGUCCCCGGGGAGCCAGCUGCACCUUUGCUCACUCUCAGGAAGAGCUAGAGAAGUGAGUCUGACGCACAAGCAGAUACUUGCAUCAAAGAAUUUACAUAAAGCGUGCCUUCACUUAUGAUACCAUGUUGCUUUCACUUUAGGUACCGUAAGAUGAAUAAACGUCUGGCAGCUCGCCUCCCUGGCUCAGGAGGUCUCAUGCCAGAUGAUGGCCUUCCUCUUGAUGUAGCAGUGACCCGGAAGCCUUCGCCCCUCACUAACGGCAGCGGUGCGCCCUCUCUGCCCCAGCUCAUUCCUCGCAGCACUGACUCUGUCCCUUACGAGCUGCUGCGCAAACCCAUGAAGAUGGAUGGAGGGAGUCCCAGCGCCCCUGGAUCCCCACCUGACCCGUGAGUGAAGAAGCUCUUUUACUAGUCCAGUUACCAACAUCUGGCUGCACUUGAUUGAAAAACCUUUCCAGCUCCUCAAACAUAAGUUUGCGUCUAAGCCUUGUGCGAAGGAUUAGUCCAUUUUGCUUACCUUUUUAUUUCCCCCUUGUCCUGUAGCAUGGACCCUGUGUCCAAACCUGGCAUGCCUCUGCCACCCCAUGCCAUGGCUCACCCGAGGAUGCCAGCUGACCACCUCUCCGGGGUGAAGCACAUGCCUGUAUCAGCCAGAAGUCUGCCAGUUUACCCUCAGCAACAGCUCACUGAAAUGUGCUACGACACUCGCCCGCCACCCUCUGCUUCUCAGUAUGAGCCUGCACAGUAUGCCACAGGUAAGCGUUCAGUCAAUGUUGUAAUAAAACAGCUUUUUUGUCCUGCAUGUUUUGGAUGUUUUCCUGCUCCAACACACCUGAUUCAAAUGAUCAGCUCGUUAUCAAGCUCUGUACUGGCUUAAUAACGAGCUAAUCAUUUGAAUCAGGUGUGUUGGAUCCGAAACAUGCAGGACAGUGGGCCUCGAGGACUGAACUUGAGAACCACUGGUUUAGUUACAGUCUUAAGUGGUAUUAAUGAAUGUCUCCCAUUUGCUUUGCAGGAUAUCCCUACCAACAGUAUGUCCCCCGGGAUUACAUUCGUAACCCUCAACCUCCCAGUGAGUCAGGACCCCCUUAUCAGGACUAUCCUAGCUACUGCCCUCCUGAUCGCCCCUACCAGGCCCCUCACUCUGGUCCACCUUUCUCCUACCCUCACCCUCCUCACCAUGACCGAGGCCGCCACGGGACCUACGCCGGCCCACCACCUCCCCCGCAGCCUUACCCGUCUCAGAGGGACGGCCUGGUCAGAAUGAGUCCUGCUCCUCUGGAUGUACCACCUCCAUCAGCAGGACAGGCCAACUCCCUUUACCACCAGGAGCCCAACGCUCGAGAUCGAUACCCCCCAGAUGGCUACUAUCCACAAGGAACCCAGCCUCCUCCCAUGAGGGCCUACCCCAGGGUGAGUCUGCUGAACUGUUCACUAUGUGAUUGUACCUCCGUUCCAAAAUAUGUGCUAAAAAAGUGACAUUUCUCUGUGUGUCUCAGGGGCCAUCAUAUAGCGGUUCACAGCCGAGCCUGGACUACCUGCACAGGCGUAGACAAGAGCUGUUAUCUCAGCUGGAGGAAAGGAAGGUCAUCUCUCCUCCGCCUUUUGCUGCCUCUCCCACUCUUUCCCAUCCUUUCCCCAGUGACUAUCCUCCAGAGGUAGGCGCUGUGGGAUUCUAUUAUGAUACUUUUACAAAUCUUACACGAAUGUUAAUGAAAGAAAUAAAGUAAUACUUCAUGAUUGAGGAACAUUUUCUGUGUCCACAGUACGGGGAGGAGAGCUCGAAAACCAUGAUGAAAUGCAGAGAGCCUGACUACGCAGGGCAGUACUCUCCCUGGUCCUGUGAAACCAUUGGCUCCUACAUUGGCACAAAGGACCCCAAACCCAAAGACAUCAUGGUUCCUGGUACCAUGGAGAUGAUGGUGAGUUCAGAUGGAUAAGUCUGACGGGAGCUCUGCCAUUGUGUUCAUAUAUUUGGUAGAAUAAUAGAGUUUUUGUGAUUCAGCAUUGAUGCAUCAAAGAUCAUGAAAAUCUUGUCUUGUCUCAUGUUAUAAUACAUCUUUAUUUUUUUUUUGCCUUUCUUCCUUCUUUCAGAAUGUGGAUGCUAAGGGUCUAAGGGAACCAUCUCUGGAGGCUCCUCGAAGGGGCGCAGAAGUCAAGGAUGACGACCCCAUUAUCCCUUUCGGCCCCCAGCCCACUGUGUCGCGCUUCGGUGCCAUCUCCCGCACCUCAAAGACAGGCUACCAGACCACUGGCCCUGUCCAGGCUAUGGCCUCAACUCCCCAGAACCCAAAUUCUAAACACAUGACCAUGCCAGGUAAGAACAUUUGUUAACUGAUCAACUAUUUGAAAUACCAGUGUGCCUGAGUAUCUUAUGCUUGCUUUUUGUAAUCCUUAAAUCUUGUGAUUGAAAAGCACCUCUGAUAACCGUUUCACCACCUCACCUUUAGCAGAAUACACAUAUGGAAACCAAGGAGGAUGGGGUGGAGCUUCAUACCCCUCCCACCAUGCUGCCUCCUCUUCUCAGGGACAUUUUAGUGAGCGGUGAGACAUCCUCUUUUUUUCCCCUUAAUUGUUUUUAUAAUAGUAAUAAAAAUAAGACAGAAGUAAACAUGCUUAAACGUAUACAUCUGCAAAACAAGCUAAUUUUUCACUGUAUUUUUCCUCACAGCCUACCCAUGGCAACCACAGACAGAGAACAGUUAAAGUUUGAGCUGCAGCAGGUCAACCAGCAGAUCAACCAACAGACCCAGAUGAGAAGCAUAGAGGUGAGUAUUCCCUUGAGUUGACCUCAGAAGUCAAGAAACUGCAGAUACAUAUUUGAUCAGUUUGACAUUUUCAGUCAAGUAUGAGAAAUAACAGUCUUUCUGUUCAAUUCUGCAUUUUUUCGUAAUGAUUGUCAUGGAUUCCUAAAUCGCACACUCAUCCUUUUCAUUUCCUGCCUUCUAUUACAGGCUGCCAAUAACCCUUUGCUGAGGGAUGCCAGUUCAUUGGCAGGCCAGCCGGUGCAGCCCGGUCAGAGCCAGGCAGUAGCAGCAACACAGCAGCAACAGCCCAAGUGGCCAGCAGGGGGCACAAGUACAGCAUCUGUCUCAAGUGAACAGUUAAGCCAAGAGCUCCACCAGGUGGAGAGAGAGAUCGGCAAGAGGACCCGAGAGAUGGCUCUGGUAAGGAGGAGUGCACAGUGUGGGUUCACAGAAGUUGGGGAAGGUGCUCUGUUAUAGUAGACGCUCAGUACACAUAUGAACACCUGAACAGCUGUCUUGAUGUGAGCGUAGCUUAGCCGUCCACAGGAUAGAGCUAAUGUUCCGUCUAUCUUCAAACCAGGAAAACCAAGCAGCCCAUGAAGUUCAGCAGUACAAGAUGAAACCUGCUGAGAACGGACAACCUGAGCACAAAGCUCAUCUGGAGGAAAUCUCCCUGGCUCUUGGGUGAGUGGACAUUUACGAAACCAUUAUCACAACCGGUAUAAACCAAUCUCCUUAUACAUGUCUCUUACGUGGUUUCAAUUUCUCUGUCCCAUAUCCAGCGAGGUGUCCAACGGCUCCAGCAGUCUGCAAGAAAGUGCAGUAGGCGGGUCCAUGCUGUCACUGACCAAUAAGACGUCUGCGUUGAGCCUGUGCUCUGAUCCAGGUGCCACUGGUUCGGAGCUGCAGAAGAAUGGCGUCGUCCAUUCCUGUUCCUAGGCAGUACACACACACAAACACACGAAACAUACACACACUUACACACUCAAGAUGCUCAUUUUGAAAGCAUGCAAAGGCACACAUACACCCAUUCUAUUUAGAAAAUGAGCAGUAUCUGCCGUGAUAUGAAUUUUCUUUCUUUUUGUUCUGUGAAUGAGCUUUUUUAAUGACUUUCCUUGCCUGGAAACCAGGGCAUAUGUUAACAUUUCUCGUGUGUGUUUUAUUAUUUUUUUUCUUCUUUUGCACUGGGAUUAUUGAUUAACAAGGCUCACAGUAGAUAAAGCAGGAAGAGAAAAUGGUGGUGAUGGUGACAUGGGUACUGUCAUAUCAAUAAAAGAAAAAAAGGAUAGAUCUAUUCCAUCCUCAAUAAAGUCGAACACACCUCAAGGGUGUCUCAUUGACCUCCCUAUGUAAUUAUUUUGGUUCUGUAGUCGCAGCAUGCAUGUAGAUGAACGGUUAAUCACAGAGGACGCACUAUCACACUCACAUGCACUCAGAUAAACUUAGGGCAAAGGUGUUGUAGGUAAUAGCAGAAGUGUUGUCACUUGGUACUCACCCCCAGAAUUGUAAAAAGUGGUCGUCCAGAUCUAGAUGGUCUGAGGAGGGAAAAAGCAAAAAAAAAAAAAAUCUGUAAGUAUUCAGCUGGUAUGAAGAUGUGAGACGAUUUUAGGAAUCACUUUUUGCACCAUAUGCACGUGCUCACCUGCCACGAGAAGUCUAAUUUUAUUAGUGCAUUUUAUGAACUCAUCAUAUGUCUGUUUCAUACUUGAAAGCAGUGUAUUAUAUAUUUAAUUGAAGCAUUCUGUUUUAAAGAUUGCAAAGAGUCUUUUUGAUAAUGAGCUUUCCACAUGUUUUCUAUAAGGGAAUCUACUUACAAUGGUGCUUCUCUUGGUUGUGGUGAGACCUGACGUGGUUGACGCUCGCCUGUAUUCCGCCGGGCUGCAUUCAGUCCGAGUUUGUCGCAAAGCUCAAAAAUAGUCACAUUGGGUUUUGUUGGAGUGAGGUUGAUUCAUAUUAAAACCAAGAGAGAGUACGUCUUUCUGCCUCAGGAGCAACUUGAUAAACCUUCUAACGUCAGGGGUAAAAUAAAAAGGAUUUCCCUCCUCAGAACUUCUUUUCUGGCCACACAAAAGGCCUCCCCAUUGGGAUUAUCUUGUCAUUUGUUCUCCUAACUUCUAUGAAGUUGCCUUCCCUUUGUGAUUUGUUUAUUUUGUUUAAUUUUUCAUGCUUUACGUUGUUACGAUUCUGGGGGUGCGGCUUACCUCGUGAAGGCUUAAUAGUGUUUAGUUUGAUAUGUUUCUCUCUGUCGUUAAAUGGGUGACUUUAUUUGUGACAUUAGAAAGGUAACUUGUAGAGGUUGUUGCUGCACAGCGCUGUUGAUAAAUUAUGUUUACAGCUGAGGAUAUCAAAUGUAGGGAACUGAGAGCUAGACGAGACACACUCUUAGAAGUCGCUGUACACCACUAUCAGACUUUAACGGUUCCAGGCUUCGAUUAACAGCUGACGAUAUGACACACUCUCCCAGUACCCAGAUAUCAUCAUCACCACCAUUACCACUAACACUGCUCUUUCUCUUUCAUGUAAAUUGUUUACCGCUGACGCUCAGCAUAGAGCUUUUUGCCUUUUGUAAACAAUUAGCAUGAUGAUGCUCAGAUUUACAGCUCUGCUCGGAGGGAGCGAGUCCCCCCGCGAGUAAAACGGUUAAAGACCAGAGGAGGCGCUCUGCUUUUUUUAGUUGAAUGUUGAGCCUUUAAGUCAGAUGAGGAGUAAUGAGAACUGACAAAAGUUUUACAGAUCCUUGUACACAGAUAGAAUCAAAUAGAUGGAGACGCAAAUAUUCCUUGUGUCUGACAUCCUCAUCUGGGCGUGUUUAAAAGGGCACCUCUUCCAAAUUCUCAGCGCCACGAUCAUGGAUUUUUUGGGUUUUCUUUGUUUCAGAUUUUCCUACCAGACUUCAAGCCUUCGGCUGCUCCUCGCUACAUUUAUUUAGGUACACAGCUCACUUAUACAUAUGAGUAUGUAUACAUACAUUAAUAUACUAAAGCACUAUUAAUGUGCCACCUCUUAUUUUACUCGCUCAGCAUUUAUAUUAAAUGAUCUCUACUUAGAAUCAGCAAAAUAUUUGUUUUUAUUUUUGUCGUUUGAUUUGUUUUUCUGUCCACUGGUUGCCAACACAGACUUUAUCCUUUCCCAGACGAAGGACUUCUGUGCGCAUUGAUGUGUGUUCACUUAAUCUUUUGUGUUCAAACAAAGAUGUUCUUUAUAGACUAUGCUUCCGAAGAAGACAAAAUUCUGUACCUUUGGAAAACUUACAGAGACGUUUUGUGUGUGCUAGAUUAUAUUGUAGAAAAUGUACCUUAAGUUUUUUUUGUUUCUUUUUUUUUUUUUUUUCCUCAAGUGUGCUGUACUGGGUGAUAGUGUUCAGCUAUUAGAAAAAGUGUUGUGGGGGUUAUCCCGCCCCUGCCCCCAGGGAGAAUUUUUAGAAAGUCUCUGAUAAAAGGUUGGCCUUAAAUCCCCCCUUCAUGCUCCUCUUCCCGGACCGACGAGCUCUGAAAAAAGAAUCUAAAUUAACACUGACCUGGCAUGGUUUGGAGUGAUCAGACAACCUCUAAUGGAUUCUCCCCUUUUUGAAAAUGUCAUAUAAACAGUAACAAUGCAAAUCUCUCAACUAUUGAAGAUCAAUUUGGCUGUUUUUUUUUUGUUUUUUUUUUUGAUAUAUAAUUUUUAAGGCUAUUUUGUUGACCUAGCUGGGGUUUGUAGUUUCUUUUCCUUUCUCUUUUUUGUUUGUUUAUUUCUGCAAUAGUAGAGUGAAUUAACUGACCUGCAGUCCUGAAAGCGUCACCUGACCUGACGCGGAGUCAACAGCUAGUCCAGUAUUUAAGUGAUAUUCAGACUGAAGCUUUGGCCCCAAAAUGAGUUUUGCUGUUAUGAUUCUAUGAAUUUGCAACCUUUGAUUGUGUUAAUUCAGUACUAUGUUCAGUUUCUCUGAAUGAAAGUCAACCAAAAGUUUUGUAAUGCUAAUUCUACAGAUAGUCUGCAGGUCUGAAUGGGCUUUAAACGGCUUUAGCUCAGCUGAACUGACUUACAACAUCGUACGAUGGGGUGGUUUAUUUUACAGCAAAUUGCAAAGAUGUUCAUUUCGAUCUUUUGCGUGUUUUUGUUUCUGAGUGGAACUGCUGCCUCUAGCCCUCAUUUAUAUAACCAGAUAACCCCUCCACUCCCACCCUUGACCACUGAACUCUGUUACUGCUGUUCGAGGCUCACAUUUUAUUCCCUGACUUUCUGGGGAAAUCACAAAUGGCUAUUUUAUAUGAUUACUCCCUUGUAAAAUAUCUCUUAAAUUAAGGUACAGGUUUGAUUUCAGCAAGAAAAAAGAAGUUUUUAUAUGUAUAUUAUACUCCAUUAAGGAAUGUCUAGAAUUAUCUUCCUCCAAUGUGGAUGUAGCCAUUAUUACGCCAUUUUAUGACUUUGUAAGAGAAUUCACUGUGUGAAAAUUGGUUUGCAUUUUUGUAUAAUACAAUCUGCUUUUUUUUUCGUUUGAUACGAGAGAGAGGUCAAACUGGAAGUUUGAAGAGAGAAAAAAAAUGAACCUGUGAAAUUGAUAAAAAGAAAACAAAGUGUAACUUAUGUACAACAGUGAUUCUAAGCUGAGGGGAAAGAUUAAAUGAUAUUGCUAACUCAGAAUGUAA